AAAAAUCUCAUGCAAAGAGAUGGAAACUGCGGAAAACUGGGCACGCCCCUCCAAAGUACUACAAGCACAGCAGCAAGCGGAGAGCGAGCAUUGACGAGCAUCGGAAGGUGGCCACCUCUGAGAGGUCAUCUUUGGUAUGGUCAGGAUGCUGUAAGCUGCUGAUGUGUCAAUUCCUGGAAAAGUAGAGUAGAUCUUUGUGAUGGAGCCGAAUCUGGCCCAAAAGUUGCCCGCAAAGGCAGUUCAGGAUGUGGCCGAGUGCAGCAACGCUUGGAUGCUCUACCUCCAGAGUUUGGCCGGCGUUUGUGCCGCUGGUGCAAGGGUUUCGGCCAGUCUGCAGGUUUUGGCCACCAACCAACAACUGAGCAACUCGGCCGGCAACUGCAGAAAUGCAUGGGAGGAACUGUCAAGAGCUUCGCAGGCAGCUGGCCACUCAGUCAGGGCAGAAGUGAUGGCAGGUCUUCGGGAGCUGGCUUCCGAGGACCACUUCCGAAAUGACCAAAUAGUUCAAAGUAACCUGGCCACGAUGAUUAACCUUCAAUAUCAGUUUUGCAUUGCGUGCGUCGAGUGCCUGGGAAAUAUUUCACAACAGGACAACUCCCAGCAAGUGUCUCCGUGCAGUGACGUUGGUCGUCAGAGCCAAAUUUUUAGCCGGCUGUUGAGCGGCCAGAGGCGUUGGUCGGAAGUGGCGCGCCGACCUGCAGCAGACCGAGAGGAAGAUUGCGAAGAGGGUGGGACUGUGAGACGAUGGUCUGUUCCUUGGGAGAGCACUUCUGUGGUCGUUGCCAGCCACCACCACCAACACUUGACUGUCCCGGGACAAGAACGGAGUAGCCGCUCGACAACGCCGGACACUUCGUCCUCACUGGCAAGCCAAGAGGAACUGCACGACGUCAUUUCCCUUCUCUCCUUGAAGCCUGCAAACCCAGGACCACAAAACGCCAAACCAGCAGGAGGUGUUAAUCUAACUGGGUGUGGUGUGGUAGAGGGAAGAGAGGGCUGGCUAAACAGUUCCACUUUGUUCCCGAGAGAAUCGCCCCAAGGUCAUUGGCCUCACACCACUUACUCCGAUAACGUUGAUUCUGGAUCUCAAAACAUGUGUCAGAUAAGAAUCAAUACGUCACCUCGAAUCUCACACUUACCAAGACCCAGGUCUGGCUGGACUCCUCAAGAAUCUCUUUAUUCGACCAUAUGGGGCGAGCAAGACAGUGAAAACCAAAACGGACCAGCAGACCGAUCAGAAAUGUUUAUUCCCAAUGACGGGAAUGGUACUCCAUAUCAUAGAAAGUCCAGCUCCUCCACAGACUCUUCGUCUUCAAGCUCGCUUCCACAGCAUCAGAUUUACCACCAUAACCAAUUGCUUUUAGAACAACAGCAACUGAGGGAAAGUCCCCUGUACUCCAUGUGGAGUGGCAACGACGUGCCGCUAAUCCACAUCCCCUCUGGUUCGUCUGCUGGGCAGCCAAUGAACCAGGACCUCUCUCAACAGCCUACAAACUCUCGCCCAGACUAGCUAGGGUGAAAUAGACAACGAAAACUUCCUGUUCGUUAAUUUCAAAUAAUAGUCAGGUAAAAUUUUGUAUCAUAAAUUUGUUCCGAAAUUUUUGACAUUACCAGCAGUCAGAGACUGCAAGCAUUAUUCUUUAUUUUACUCGAACGUGAUUGAAAAGGAAAGAAUUUUGGCUGCUAAAUUUAACGUUGCUAAUUGCAGGGCCAAUUAGUACAACACAUACCAAACAAGCCACUGUGCAACAGUGAAAUAUCAAUCCUGUAAUUAAAUAUUCUGUACUUUUAUAUAUUCAUGAUGUGUCUCGAAAGCAAGUUCGAAACUUGAUUAACUAGAAAGAUUAAGAAUGGUAGUCAUUAGGCCAGUGCACUCUAUACUUUUAAAGCGUAAUUUUACUCGGUGUUCUAGUCUGUUGUUUUGAUUUACGAAUCAAAGAAGAAGAAGAAGUGUGUUGGCAUGAAUUGCAGAGAUUGAUGAUCAAAUUAAGUCUCACUUAUUAAUUUUUAAGCUACUUUCGUAAGAUGUCAAAAUUUUGAUUGUACUUGCGCAUGUAUAAAUAAAAUGGGUUAUUCCGAAUCACAGUCGUUGCCUGACAAUGCAAGUAGUAUUAAUAAA